AUGGAGAACAACCAUCUUGCCCAAGAGCUAUUGAGGCAAUACAAUAGAAAAAGGGUUGCCCCUCGAUGCCUCUUGAAAAUUGAUCUCUCGAAGGCCUAUGACUCGGUGUGUUGGGAUUUCCUUAGAGAUGUCCUUGUUGGUUUGAAAUUUCCUUCGAGAUUUGUUCAUUGGAUUAUGAAGUGUGUCACUUCUAUAUCAUACUCUAUUGCUUUGAAUGGGACUUUGCAUGGUUUUUUCAAAGGUGAGAAGGGUCUUCGGCAAGGUGAUCCCCUUUCUCCCUUCCUAUUUGUGCUUUGUAUUGAAUAUCUUUCUAGAUUGCUCAAGGAUGCCACAUAUGAGAGUGACUUCAACUUUCAUCCUAAAUGUGGCCCCCAAAAGAUCAACCAUUUAGCAUUUGCCGAUGAUUUGAUGCUAUUUGCGAGGGGAGAUUUUUUGUCGGUUAAAAUUCUCAUGGAUUGCCUAUCUAAAUUUGGUUCGGGGAACAAUGUCAUUUCGGUAUUUGGGCAUCCCCUUGCAUCGGACAAACUCAAGGUUAGUGGUUAUGCUCCCUUUCUGGAUAAAAUUACAUCAUAUAUUGGUGCAUGGAAUUCCUCUAUAUUAUCAUAUGCUGGCAAGAUGGAACUUAUUAGGGAGUUUCUUCAAGGAGUUGAAUGUUUUUUGCUAUCUAUUUUCCCUAUUCCGGCUACAAUUAUUUCUAGAAUUGACUCCCUAUGGAUUCGGUGGGUCAAUCAUGUGUAUCUCCACGGGUCUUGUAUUUGGGAGGUUCGGCCUAGGAAGGAUCAUUCACCUCUCUUCAAGAAACUGCUUGAAAUUAGGGACAUUAUUUCUGUGAAUGCUGCUGCCCAACAGAUUUUUAUUCAUGGACAGCAAGGUCGAAUGGGUCUUAUGGAUGCUGGUAGUGUCUCUUCACGUCAGGUACUUCAGGGACGAGUUUAUAGUGCUGGAAAUGGACGAAAUGCCCGGUCUCUCAGUGCUGGAAACACUAUAAACAGCCCCGUUCAUGGCCAGUUUCUGGACAGCAACACAUGCAGGCAGACAGCUUCAUUCGGUAGGCAGUUUUUGGUAAUUUGGAGUGAAAAUCUGGGCUGUUCUACAGCUGCUAAAUUCAGUACAAAAAAUGCUUACAAUUUCUUUAGGCCUAAGGGUACUUUCAAGCCUUGGGGAGCAGAAGUUUGGAAAGCAUGCAUCACUCCGAAGCACUCUUUUAUGCUUUGGUUAGGGGCCCAAUCAAAGCUCCUAACCAAAGAUAAAUUACUCUACUUGGAUAUUGAUUGUAAAUGUGUUCUUUGUGGUUGUUUUGAUGAAACUUUUCCCCCGGGUAUGCCCGGAGGAGUUGUUUAUGUUUAUGGACAUUGA